AUGUACCGGUAUUUCGGUGAGCUCGUGAGCCGGGGCCUCGGGGUGGUCCCGGGGCUGUCCGCAGACUGUGUCCCAGCGGCUGCGUGUGCGAUGCGGCGCAGCUACAGCCAGUGCGUGGACCCCAACGACGACCCCAACUUCUUCACUAUGGUGGAGGGCUUCUUUGACCGAGGCGCCGCGAUCGUGGAGGAUAAGUUAGUGGAAGACCUGAAGACCCGUGAGACCCUGGAGAUGAAAACGAAGAGGGUCCGCGGGAUUUUAAAGAUUAUUAAACCGUGUAACCACGUCCUGAGCCUGAGCUUUCCCAUAAGGAGAGACAACGGAGAGUGGGAGGUGAUAGAAGCCUACCGGGCUCAGCACAGCCAACACCGGACUCCCUGCAAAGGAGGUAUUCGGUACAGUACAGAUGUGUCUGUAGAUGAGGUGAAAGCACUAGCCUCUUUAAUGACUUACAAAUGUGCAGUGGUUGAUGUGCCUUUUGGUGGUGCCAAAGCUGGUGUCAAGAUUAACCCAAAGAAAUAUUCUGACACUGAGCUUGAGAAAAUUACCAGGAGAUUUACCGUCGAGCUGGCAAAAAAAGGUUUUAUUGGUCCAGGAAUUGAUGUCCCAGCUCCUGACAUGAGCACUGGGGAGAGGGAAAUGUCCUGGAUUGCAGAUACUUUUGCCACCACCAUGGGUCACUAUGAUAUCAAUGCCCAUGCCUGUGUCACGGGGAAGCCCAUAAGCCAGGGAGGAAUCCAUGGGCGCAUUUCUGCCACUGGCCGAGGAGUUUUCCAUGGAAUUGAGAACUUCAUCAAUGAAGCAGCCUACAUGAGCCAGCUGGGAAUCAGUCCAGGGUUUCAGGACAAAACCUUUGUCAUCCAGGGCUUUGGUAACGUAGGCCUCCACACCAUGAGGUAUCUGCACCGCUUUGGGGCCAAGUGUGUGGGAGUGGGAGAAAUUGAUGGGAGUAUUUGGAAUCCGAAAGGCAUUGACCCUAAGGAGCUGGAGGACUACAAACUAGCCAAUGGCACUAUUGUGGGUUUUCCAAACUCCACUCCAUAUGAAGGAAGCAUUCUGGAGGCAGAUUGUCAUAUUCUGAUUCCAGCAGCAGGGGAGAAGCAGCUGACCAAGAGCAACGCACAUAAGAUAAAGGCCAAGAUCAUUGCAGAAGGAGCCAAUGGGCCCACCACUCCUGAGGCUGACCGCAUAUUUCUGGAGAGGAAUAUCCUUGUCCUCCCUGACAUGUACCUGAAUGCUGGCGGUGUCACCGUCUCAUACUUUGAGUGGCUGAAGAACCUGAAUCAUGUCAGUUAUGGCCGCCUCACCUUUAAAUAUGACAGGGACUCCAACUACCACCUGCUCAUGUCUGUACAGGAGAGUUUAGAAAGGAAGUUUGGAAAACAUGGAGGAGCAAUCCCUGUGGUUCCCACAUCAGAAUUCCAGGCUCGGAUUUCAGGAGCGUCAGAGAAGGACAUUGUUCAUUCAGGGCUGGCUUUUACCAUGGAGCGCUCUGCUCGGCAAAUUAUGCGGACCGCCAACAAGCACAACCUGGGCCUGGACCUGCGCACAGCCGCCUAUGUCAAUGCCAUCGAGAAAGUGUUCAAGGUUUACACCUUAAUGACUCUUCACUCACACAACAAUUCCAUCAAAAUGGACACUGAUGUGCAGACAGCCACACAGGUGUUUACAGCUUCUACAGGACCGGUGGCAGGGGAAGAGGCCCAGAUCGGCUGCUUUCGGGCCCGAGAGCUCCAUAUGUGGCCAGCCAAAGCUGUGGCUCACAACAGCAGCGCACGGAGCUCAGCUGACAGAUGUUUUGACUUCUUUGAUCAAGACACUGUUGGUGUGAUGGCUGGAGCACUGAGGAUGACCGAGGGGCAGCUCCUCAACAUCUACGACAAUGAUCCUUUCCAUUUUAUGACUCCAUAUGAAUACAUUCCUCCAGUGGAAAUCAAGACGGAGCCCUACAUACCUGAGACUGCUCACGGCCCUUACAUCCAGAUCAUAGAAGAACCAAAACAGCGAGGUUUUCGUUUCCGUUAUGAGUGUGAAGGGCCUUCCCAUGGUGGGCUCCCAGGGGCCUCCAGUGAAAAGAACAGGAGGACAUAUCCAACGGUCAAGAUUAGCAACUAUGUGGGUCAUGCCCGUGUGGAGGUGCAGCUGGUGACUCACUCGGACCCUCCUCGUGUCCACGCGCACAGCCUUGUGGGACGCCACUGCAACGAGAGCGGCACCUGCACACUGGACAUCGGGCCCAACGACCUCACAGCCUCGUUCAGUAAUCUGGGCAUCCUUCAUGUGACCAAGAAAGGAGUUGUGGAAAUCCUGUGUCGGCGGUUGAAAGAAGAGAAGAGACGGCAGAAGGGGGCGGUGCUCCACCAGCUCUCUGACUCAGAAGACAUCUCCUGUCUGAAAGAAGCAAAGGAGCUGGGUCGCACCAUGGACCUGAACAUUGUGCGGUUGAAGUUCACAGCGUAUCUCCAGGACAGCAACGGAGGCUUCACCCGAGCGCUCAAACCAGUGGUGUCCAACCCCAUUUACGACAGCAAGUCCCCAAAUGCCUCAAAUCUGAAGAUCACUCGUAUGGAUAAGACGUGUGGCUCGGUUCUUGGAGGAGACGAGAUCUUCCUGCUGUGUGACAAAGUCCAGAAAGACGACAUAGAAAUCCGCUUUUAUGAAGACGACGAAGGCGGCUGGGAAGCGUUCGGGGACUUUUCGCCCACAGAUGUUCACAAACAGUACGCCAUUGUAUUCAAGACGCCUCCGUAUCACAGCGCUGAGAUCGAGCGGCCUGUCACUGUGUUCCUUCAGCUCAAACGGAAGAAGGCUGGAGACCGGAGCGACCCCAAACACUUCACCUACAUCCCCCAGGUCCAAGACAAAGAAGAGGUGCUCAGGAAGAAGCAGAAGCCCUUGCCACACUAUGAGAAUUGGAGAAGUGGAGGACGAGGGGGUGGAGCUGAAGGCUUUGGGGGCGGGGCCUCUGGAGCUGGUGGAGGGGGAGGAUUUCAGUUUUGUCAGCAAAUGAACGGAGGUGGGAGUUUCCCUAUGGGAGGUUUCACAGGGUUCUCUGGAGGGGCACAGAUGUCCACCUCUUCACUUUCAGAUUCACCACAGAGUGAAAAGAACACAAAGCAACCUGCAGGGCAAACGGACUCACUACUGCAACAGCGGCUUUUCCAAUUAGCGGUCAGCUUACAGAGCAAAGAGUCCCAAAGUGCCAGGCAGACGGCUGCAGCUCUGCUCCACUACUGCAGCAGUGGAGAUGUCCGUGUGCUUUUGUCCAUCCAGAGACAUCUGUGUGGGAUCCAGGACUCUAAUGGAGACACACCUCUGCACCUUGCUGUGAUUCACCAGCAGAGUGGAGUGAUUCAGCAACUGGUUCAUACUCUGAUCAGUGGCCAACAGCAAAACCUCCUGAAUACAGCCAACCAUCUCAGACAGACGCCGCUGCACCUGGCGGUCAGCUCGGGGCAGGUAGCGGCGGUGGAGCUGCUGCUUCGGGCCGGUGCAGACUUGAGCCUUGUGGACAGAGAGGGUCGCAGUGCGCUGCAUCUAGCAGCUCUGAGCGGAGACACCUCUGUGCUGCGCGCAGUGCUGGCUCAUCUCCCAGAGCAGCAGGCUCACCUGGUCAAUACCCCCGACUAUCACGGACUGCAGCCACUGCAUCUGUGUGUGAGGAGAGAUGGGGAGCGCUGUCUUCGUCUGUUGGUGGGAAGUGGUGCUAAGAUCAAUGCUCCUGAGCAGAAGAGUGGUUCCACUGCGCUGCAUCUGGCUGUUACUGCCAACCUCUUCAAAGUAGCCUGCACACUGAUCACAGAGUUAAAAGCUGAUGUGAACUGUUGCACGUUUGGUGGGAACACUCCUCUGCAUUUUGCCGCUAGUCAGGGUUCUCCAACACUCUGCUCCAUGCUCAUCGCUGCAGGAGCUGAUAAAAAUCUACAAAAUGAUGAGCCCCUUGACUUCAGUUCUUCUUCUGAUGAAGAACUGGACGAAGGAGACAAAGAACAGACAGAGUUUGUCUCACAAUCAAAAAGUUCUCACAAAAGACGAGCAGGACACACACCUCUGGACUUGGCCAUGUGCCAAAAGGUGAGAAACUUGUUAACACCAAAACCAGACAAACCAUCAAGUCGGCAAAGCACCAAGAAGGCAAAACAAAGCUCAGAAGUGGUUUCUGGGCUCAACUGUGACACUCUGACACGUCUGAUGGAAGUGCUCAGCGUUCAGGAAGUUCCCUGGAGAAAACUGGCCGAGAAGCUGGGGAUGAUGACCUUAACCCACUUGUAUGAAGACAGCCCCACGCCCUGCCACCAGCUGCUGCAGCACUACCAGUUGGGUGGUGGUCCAGUGGAGGGGCUUGUGGAGGCGUUUCAGUCUUUGGGCGUGACUGAAGGAGUGAGGCUGCUGAGAGACAGUCAGUCGUGGGAGGACAAGCACAGCACAGACACUACAGUGGACAGUGGAUUUGGUAGCCAGGCCAUGGAGGACGAGGAGCAGCCUGUAGGGUUAUAG